CGACGCGACGCAACGCGCGGCGCAACGUCACUUCGAAACCAGAGAGAAUCUCCAUCUCGAAUCCCACGGAAUCGCGCUAACGAUCGUGCGAGUGGAAAACGUUCCGUCGCUCGGAGAAGCUCGCUCGGAGCUUGGACCAUCUAUCUCUUCGGUCCACUAUUCGCUGCACAAAGGUGUCGCGACACAAAGGACCCACCGGUUCCCGCGUACGCGGUGAAUCCGCGAUCGCCUCGCGGUUAGCAAGAGACUUUCGCGUAGAAAUCUCUACCAGCAGUGCUAGUGCGGGUCAACACAGAGGAAGACGAAUCGAGUGAAGUUAAACGGAAGAGAAAAGUCUGGUGGAUAGCCACUAGACGGACUGAGUUAUUGGUUAGGGAGGAGCUCGACGACGAGGAUCCGAGUGGUUGAUGGAUCGUUAGAUCGAGCCCCGCUGGAAGAACGAACGUCGAGUGAGAGUUUCCGCGUAGUGGACCGUCGGAGUAUCGGAAUCGGGAGCUUUUAUCGGGGCAAUAAAUCGCCGCUGCGUCGGGAGUCCCUUGUUGUUGACGUGGCCGCAAGAAAGGGACACGCAUCGCUGGAGGACACGCGCGGCGAUUUAGCACGAUCUAAUCGGAAACGGCGAUCAGGUUCCAAGUAUCUGGUGGACAUCGCCCAGUCUACUUUGGUCCUCAUUACGUCGGUACUGUAUAUCAACGUCUAACUGUAUUAAGGGAGGAGUGAUGCGAGGCACGCAGGAGUAAGCCCCAAGCAUCUUUCACAAUGGGACUCGUUCGACGGACGAAGCUGUUCCCCAGCCGAACGAUGGCGACCCUGUUACCGUUGCUGCUGGUCACGGCAUUACCGAACGCUCGAUUAGAAUCAGCAAUCAGUCCGGCGAGCAGCGUGGGCUCGGUAUCGAGCGGCUCAUCGUCGUCCUCUUCGUCGUCCUCCUCCUCCUCGUCCAUGGUGGGCGUCGUGUCUGGCAGCGGUUCGGGUUCUGGGAGCAUGGUUGGACCCGACAGCGGCGCUGUUGCGGGUGGCAGCAGCAGCAGCGGUGGACACUCGUCUCUGAGCGGAGGCGCGGCAAAUGGAAACGGCAGAUGCGAGGAGAUCACGAUCCCCAUGUGUCGCGGUAUCGGGUACAAUCUGACGGCGAUGCCGAACGAACUGAAUCACGACACUCAGGAGGAGGCUGGCAUGGAGGUGCAUCAGUUCUGGCCGUUGGUCGAGAUCAAGUGUUCGCCGGAUCUGAAAUUCUUUCUUUGCUCUAUGUACACGCCGAUCUGUCUGCCAGAGUACACCAAGCCUCUGCCGGCUUGCAGAAGCGUUUGCGAGCGGGCGCGCGCGGGAUGCGCGCCUUUGAUGCAACAGUACGGUUUCUCCUGGCCCGAGAGGAUGGCCUGCGAACGAUUGCCAGCGCACGGCGAUCCCGACAAUCUCUGCAUGGAGCAGGACAACCGAACCAGCAGCACAGGGCCAGGAUCGGGUAACGGAGGAGCUGCGAGCAGCGCUCCUGUGCCCGCGGCAGCGCCACCUCGUCCGACAAGGCCCACGAAGACCACCCAACCACCUCGGUGCAAACCGGGCAAGCAUCAAAAAAACUGCCAGCAUCCCCAGGGGGAAAGGGCGAGGGAGUGCACGUGCCGAUGCAGGGCACCCCUCGUACCCCUGGGGGCGGGGGGCACGGUCAUUCCGGGUCCGAUAAGCGGCAGCAGCGUCGCCAACAUCGCCAACGGGGGUGGACUGGCAGACAUGGCCGUAAGUGGGGCCAUUCCGGCGCCCCCGAUAAGCACCGCACAGAACAUAUUGCAGGACAUUGCAAACGUACCGAACUGCGCUCUCCCGUGUUACGGGGCGUUUCUCACCCCCGAAGAGCGAGGGUUCGCGGCCGUAUGGCUGGCUCUGUGGAGCGGCCUGUGCGCCGCAAGCACGCUCGUGACCGUCACCACGUUUCUGAUCGACACCCAGCGCUUCAAGUAUCCUGAGAGGCCGAUAGUCUUCCUGUCGGCAUGCUACUUCGUGGUGUCCGUCGGCUAUCUCUCGAAGAGCGUGUUCGGUCACGAAGAGAUCGCCUGCGACGGGCCAGCGUUGAAGUCGGGGGCACAGGGACCCGGGGCUUGCGUCACCGUCUUCCUCAUGAUUUACUUCUUCGGCAUGGCCUCGUCGGUUUGGUGGGUAAUCCUCGCGUUCACGUGGUUCCUCGCGGCGGGUUUGAAGUGGGGCAACGAGGCGAUCGCGUCUUACUCGCAGUACUUCCACCUGGCGGCAUGGCUGGCGCCCACGGUGCAAACGGUCGCAGCGUACGUCGCCGGAGGAGUAGCCGGGGAUCCGGUAGCAGGAGUGUGCACAGUAGCUCCGGAGGGGAUUCGUUCGUUCAUCCUGGUGCCGUUGUUCGUCUACCUUCUGCUGGGAACGAGCUUCCUUCUGGCGGGAUUCGUCAGUCUGUUCAGAAUCCGAUCGGUGAUAAAGAGGCAACCGGGCGCCAAAGCGGACAAGCUCGAGAAGUUGAUGAUACGCAUAGGCGUGUUCAGCGUUCUGUAUACGUUACCGGCUGGGGUGGUAUUGGCCUGUCACAUGUACGAAACAACCCUGAGGAACGAGUGGCUGGCCUCCCUGGCCUGCCCGUGUAUGAAGAGAGCAAGACCUCUCUACUCCGUCCUGAUGCUCAAGUACUUCAUGGCGCUCGCGGUAGGCAUCACGUCAGGCGUGUGGAUCUGGAGCGGCAAAACCGUCGACUCGUGGAAACGUCUGUGGAGGCGUUUGUUCGGAGGAGGGAGCGGAGGAGGCGGUCACGGAGGCGGUGGCGGCGGUAUGGUAGCAGGCGUGACAGGCGUCAGCGGAGGCAUCGGCAGCAGCAGCAUCAAGGGCGUCGUAGGACGUGUCGGAGUGCCGUAUCCAUCGGCGCCGGGUCCUGGAAGCGCUUUGUUGCCGCCGGGAAGCGUAGCCAGCGCUUCCCAGCACCAUCUUCACCAUCACGUUCUCAAGCAACCUCCUCUGUCGCACGUAUGACGUCACCAGUCGGCGGGGGGCGACAUGAACACCGCUGGCUGCGAUCAGCAGCAACAACAACAGCAGUCGGUGGGGCAACAGGAGAGGCCUUCCGCCCUUAGUAACUACGGGCCCAUUUAGCCCUUCGCCUCGGCCUCGCGCAGGCACACGCCGCAUACGGCGCCACAUACGGCGCCUCACACGCCGCACUCGGCGGCCACCAUCUACUCGAGGAGGUCGUUGGCGUCGACCACGGGCCCCCUCACGCCGGCCCACGGUCUCGCGCCAUCGUACACGCAGGCCACCGAGGUCUGAAUCGAUCUCCGACAGUGGGUACGUCGCUGUUGCGGUGCUCGAGCGAAGAAGGGCUCGAGGAAACGUGCGUUCCGUAGCACCUCCACGUGGUGGUUCUACGCGACGCUUCGGAAAACGUCGUUGAUACGCGACGGUGCUUCUCGAUUACCCGAUAUACGUACCAGUUCGUACAGUUGGAGGCGCAAAGGUUGUCCCGAUAUCGUAGGAACACACCAACGCAAAGUAACUGUGCGGGAUACGUCUCGUAGUCGAUGAGAAUAAGUUUGUAAUCGGUAAAACGCGUAUUCCGUUGUGGAUACAAAUAUGACAAACGCGUGCUAAACGUAUGCAGAAAGUAUAAAUUUUAUGCAAAACGAAGUAUCCAAAUUGUUUUGUUAAUUUAUGAAACAAAUAUUCCGCAUACUUUUUCCACGCUGAUAGACGUUACUAGUGUAUAAAGUAUACGACGCGAUGAUGCGCGAGUCUUACGUAAAGUCUGUAUUGUAUAACGUUUGUCUGCGUGUAGUUUCCCGCGCGACGUUACUGUUCUUGCGAUGUCAGGACAACCUCCGUGUCUCUCAUUGCACGUGUCUCUGCCGGGAGUCUCGAGCCGCCCUUUUCCUCUCACCUUGCACGGCGGGUGCGUCAAUGAGAAAGUCGCGAACGGGUUGCCAUUCAUCCCCAGCCAUUACUCGUCGAAGAGACAGUGAUUUAACCGGUCUCGAAAUCGCUCGAUCGGUAAUACGAGCGGCCCAAAGACGUGAAGACGGCAGUAUGGACCUCUCCUCGAAGCGCCGACGUCAGAAAACGCCGGUAUCUCAAAAUGGCGGUCGAGACUGCUCGGUUAGUAAGAUUGUGAUUUUUUAGUGCAUCGAUUGAAAGUGACCAGGAGCGAAUGGUGUGCGCGAAAGGACGUGUGACAAGGACUCUAUUACACGUAUCUAUCUCUACUUUUUCUUACUUAUAUACCGUAGCGGAAUUCGUACAGUCCGCAUGUCCGUCUAACGUGUAUCGUCUCGUCUAUUUAUCUAACCUAGGCCAUAACUGAAUAUAGGUGUACAACACGGUUUUUUUUUUUUUUUUGCUAGAUCGUACGCGAUGGACGGCGGUGGUCCAGGCAUUCCAAGACGCGUUUUGUUUUUUUUUUUGUUUUUAUAUAGAUAUAUAUAAUUUCAUACCAUUCAGCUGAUCGAAACGAUCCGAUCCAGCUGGACUUUUACGGGAAAAUGAAGAAAGUAUACUCGAACCGAAUAACAGGCUCACCGCCGUCCGAUCGUUGACAGUACGACGAGCGAGUGUAUAGCGCAGAUGCUAAGGAAGACGAAGGAAUAGGUGAACGAGGUGAUUGUAAAUAUUAAUCUUAGGUGUUACGCGUAGCGCUGUAAAUAAAAAAGAAAAAGAAACGGAGGGAAAACGAAACAAUCGUCAAAAGGAUCUACGUAUAUCGAUCGACGCGAGCUGUGCAGAUCCACGGAUGCGUGCGGACGCUAGGGCGUGUUACUGUCGCCGGUGUACGCGUGUUCCUUUUAUGUACUUGGGCUAUAGUAGUCCGUGGAGCCUCGUAUUCGUCUCGAAUCUUUCGAAGAAUGUUGAUAGUCUCUCGACCGAAGUCACUGGUGUGUGAAAAAGACGGACGAUUCCGAUAUCCGACGGGCGAUCAAUUAACGAUCGAAAUACCUCGAUAGGAAGCUUCGAAGGAGCCGCUAGUCUUGCCACGGACGAAGGAACGCGCCGAUCGAAGUGUGGAUGCGGCCAGAGUGAGCAUGAUGUACAGGGUGGUUCGCAUGCUGCGAUCAAUUGAAAUAGAAACGUAAAUAUUUGUUACUUUGAAACAUGGUGUGCGCGGAUUUGGUUAGUAUCGAAGAACCGAUGUUAACAAAUUUUGUUAAAUUCACUUCUUCGAUACUAAACGAUUUCAUGUAAUUCAUUUCUCGAUAUAAUAAUUGUUUACGAUUACAUCAUGUUGUAUAUACGGUAUAUAGACCACUCUGUAUAAUGUAUACAUUUAUAUACGCACGCGCGCUAGCGACGACGUGAUUUCACGCAUCGAACAAAUUUUUUACCGCCGAACGAAGUCUCCUUCCCCUCAUCCUUGACCGUUUUAUAUAUUACAUACUCAUAUAUAUAUAUAUAUAUAUACGUGUCUCGACGUAGCAGGCAAAAAUGUAUAGACAACACCAGAGACAUCUGUUUUUUUUUUUGUACCCAGCACGACUUCCGGUUCCAGCAUCGAGAAAAUCGAGUUGUGCGUACGCACACUGGACACAUCCCACAUGUACACAUACACACAUACAGCCGUACACACACAUACACGCACGCAGUAGAAGAAAGAUACGAAAACAGUUCUGUGUACCCCGAAUGUCGUAGGUAUAUAUAGAAGAAAAAAAAUGAGGAAAGCAAAUUUGUACACGCUCACGUGUCUAUGUCCGCGCAAUCUAGAAGUAGCUGUUGACACAGUGCGAGAAUCGAAUGCACGCGUAAAAAGUACGUGAAUAUAUACGUGUAUAUAGAAAUUAUAUAUAUGAGUAUAUAUUUGAGUACGCCUUUAUAUAUAAAUAUUACAGAUACAUAUAAAUAUAUAUAUAUAUAUAAAUAUAAAUAUAUGUCGAUAAAACGCGCGCUGUUCACAAACGGUAUCGAUAUCUCAGUUUUUAUACUCACUGGAGAAGUACGUGGAAGUUAAAAAAAUUCCCGCGGUAAACGUUUCCCAUUAGUGCUCCUCGCUGGCGACGUGUAGCGAGCCGAUCGCGUAAGACUUGUUCUUCUUUUUUUUUUUUUUCUAUUUUUCUAACGUGAAAUUAAUAUGUCUUAUUUUUAUAGUUGUGAGGUGUAAUAUAGCUGACUAUGUUUGACUAACUUUGCCUCGGAAGAAAACUUCUUCCCGAUUAAUUGGCACCGUUAUAGGUGAUCCACGUUGCGUUCAGUCAUCGUAGUAGUGAUAUUUGAAAAAUGAUGCUCAAAACGUAAUAGUAACAAAUGAUAUUCAAAUAAUAUUAACAAACGAAUUCGGAUGGUACUAUUAAAGAAAGAAUAUCCAAAUAACGGUAUUCAAGUAGUAAUAUGUAAAUAUUCAAAGUUCAUUUGUGGCAUUCGAGUACCAUAUGGUAUAUUCGAAUAUUCAACUGACGAAUAUUCCCAGUUAAGAGUGAGAAUUGAACGGCAACCGAAACAAGCGAAACGCCGUCGUGUUUUUUUUCCGUAUUCUUAUUUUUUGGAGGAGAGGUCGUUUCGUCGUUGAAACAUCGAGUCACGCGAUCGACUCGCGAAAUGGUUCUCGCGAGGAGAGCAGGUGGGAACGAUCAGGCGGGGAGCGACAGGCGACAGGACUGAAAAACUAUAACUGCCUCAAGCGAACUUAAACAAAAACAAAAAUGUUAAAAAAACCACACACGACCCGUAUCGCAAUACCGGACGGGGACCCCUGCCAAACGAAAACGUACACGUGUAAUGUUGUAAAGUAGCAAGAGUAAAGAAACCUUUUAGUGUCACAUAUCACGCCAAGCCGUUACGAGCGAAAACGGACAAUGUCGCGUUCGCUUAGGUCGAUUGACGACCAAGGGCGCGAAGGAAAGAAACAGGUGGAAAAAGGAACGGGAGUGCGGGCGCCACGAUGCGCGAUACAAAGUCGAGUCGGCCGAGGAACGAACGCGACGUUAGAGAAACGAGAGGGAGGAGUUUAUAACGAGUAUUUGUAAGCCACUUUUUGUCACGAUGAUUGUCAAUAAAAUUGAAAAUACUGUGUGUAACGGGUGUGUUCCGGGAUUUCAUCCACAUUGGCUCUUCUAGAGACGUUUUCUUUUACGUUGAAACAACCCCAAAUCGGUAAGAGAACGCUUAUCCGACUGGAGCUUAAUCCCUUCGUGUCUGUGCCUGGAAAACUACGUAAAGGGUGGGCAUGAAGGGGUUAAAAAACGAACCGCGUCUUCCUCUAUUUUUCUUUUGUACGUUUUCCUCGUUUGGCUUUUACGUUCUUUACCCAGAGAACGCGCGGAUCCUGUUUGGGGUCCGUACUCGACACCAUCUUUGUACAACUUUUACGUUGCCAUAGUAGUUAACGAAUGACCGACGACCAUAUCGUUAUAUAAAUAUAUAUAUAUACUGAAAUCAAAAUUGUAUACGAUUUUUAAUAUACUUUAUUAUUAUUUAA